AUGAACAGCGAAAUUCUUAAUAUCACUGCAGGUGUUCAAUUCGAAGAUAGUAUUACAAAAGUUGAAUAUCAUACUUACUCACCAUUCUUAUCAUCCUUUAAAAAUAAUGAUGAAGUACGAAUUUGUGUUCAACAUCAAGACUUAAACAUGUUACCAUCUUCAAGUUACAUAUAUAUUGAGGGACGUCUUGAGAAAACAGAUGCAACUAUAUCAUCAACAGCAAAAUUAGUAAAUAAUUGUGUUGCACAUUUAUUUGACGAAAUACGUUAUGAACUAAAUGGGAUUGAAAUUGAUCGAAUUCGUAAUGUUGGUAUUAGCUCAACAUUAAAAAAUUAUAUAUCAUUAAACGAGAAUGAAAGCAAAAUGUUACUGAAUGCAGCAUGGUGUCCUGAAAAUAAUAUAGAUAUUUCUACAGGAAACUUUAAUUUUUCAAAACAUGAAUUAAUAUUAAUUCGUGCUCGUAAUGAUAAUGAUGCAAUUAUUUCAGCAACUGAUUCUGUAAACUUCAAUAUUACUAAACUACAAUGGAGAGUUGCACAUAUACAAAUUCAAGAUGAGCAUAAAUUAGCAUUGUAUAAAUUCAUUAAUGGUGGUCGAUCGAUUCAAAAGAGUUUUAGAAAUUGGAACAUGUAUGAGUAUCCAGUUUUACCUACUACUACACAUCAUAUUCGGACUGUUAAAACAUCAUCACAAUUAGAAAAACCAAGAUAUGUUAUCUUUGCUUUUCAAAAUAAUCGUAGAAAUGAUAAAACUAAAAAUGCGAGUGAAUUUGAUCAUGGAAAUUUGUCAGAUAUAAAAGUAUAUUUAAACUCAGAAUCAUUCCCUUAUGAUGAUUUGAAUAUUGAUUUCAACAAAAACAAAUUUGCAUUACUGUAUGAUAUGUAUGCUAGAUUCCAACAAUCAUAUUAUGCAACUCAAAAUCAACCAUUAUUAACACCUAAAGAGUUUAAGAAUAGAGCACCUAUUAUUGUACUGGAUUGUUCUUUUCAAGUUGAAGACAUAAAGACAGGACCUGUUGAUCUCAAAAUAGAGUUCAAAACAGCAUCGAAUAUUUCAUCAAAUACCACAGCAUAUUGUUUAAUUUUACAUGAUCGAAUAAUUGAUUAUAAUCCAUUGACUAAUGAAGUAAAAAAGCUUUAA